UCCCCCGGCGACGUUUUUAAAGCAGUUUCUCUGAAGCACAGGCUAUUGAGCCGCUUCUGGGAGUACGCAGUACGCUCAACCCCGUGCCUCUCUUUCCUGUUGAUCAACAUGCUACCUCUCAUAUGCUUUAGCUUUGAGAAGCUGAAGCCGAGGAAGAAGAAAGAUGACCGUCGGAUGAUCGCUUCGCCAGUGAAGGGUCGAGAUCUCAAGCCUCGCUCAGUCUCCUACAACAAGAGCCCGACGAGAUUCCCUUCGCGAUCUGCGCGUCGAGACAGGAGCGAGGAGAUAAAGGAGACGAAGAGGGAGAUGUCGACUAGGGUUUCCAACAUCGCCGAUCUCAUCCACCGCGUUGGUUCCUCCUGCCUCGCCCACCGCCUCCCCGGUUGCCACGGCCUCGACAAUGGCGACGACUCCGACGUCGACGACGACGCCGCCGCCGCAGACCCCCAUUUCCCCCACAAGGAACAUGACGAAGCUGAAACGUUCGGAGAGAGGAAAGAGGGGGACGAGGACGAGGACGAGGACGACGACGACGAGGAGGCGCUUCGGAUCUGGGAAGAGGGGAAGCGCGGGGGCGCCGCGGGAUUGGGGCGGGUGCGGGAAAUGGAGGCCCUAAUGGGGGACGUGUUCGGCACCGUCUCCGCCAUGAAGAGGGCAUACGUCAGCCUCCAGGAGGCCCACUGCCCCUGGGACCCCGACAAGAUGCGCGUCGCCGACGCCGCCGUCGUCGCCGAGCUCCGCAAGCUCGGGAGGCUCCGCGAUCGCUUCCGGCGCUCCGGCGCCGGCGAUAUGAAGAGGGAGCUCAAGGCCAAGGAGACGGAGGUGGAGAGCCUCAAGGAGAAGCUCCGGAGCUCCACCGCGCUCGGCGGCUCCGCUCGACGGGGCCGCUUCCACUCCUCCAAGAGGGUCGGAUGCAUCACCGGCCUAGCGGGGCUGCAGGGGAGCCCCACGCCGGAGCUGUUCGAGUUGUGCAUGGAGCAGGUGAAGGCGACGACCAAGUCCUUCACCGCCCACCUCCUCUCCCUGAUGCGCUCCGCCCGCUGGGACAUCGCCGCCGCCGUGCGCUCCAUCGUCGACGCCGCCGCCGCCGCCGCCGACGACGACGCAGACGACCGCCGCCACAUUCGCCACCCGCCGAUCCCCGACGUCGGCCCCCACCACGCGAAGUACGCGCUGGAAUCGUACGUGAACCGGCGGCUCUUCGACGGGUUCGAGAACGAGACGUUCUACCUGGACGGGUCGCUGUCGUCGCUGCUGAACCCCGCGGAAUUCCGGCGCGACUGCUUCGCGCAGUUCCGCGACAUGCGCGGGAUGGAGCCGGCCGAGCUGCUGGGCAUCCUCCCCACGUGCCAGUUCGGCCGGUUCGCGGCGAGGAAGUACCUGGCGACGGUGCACGCGCGGAUGGAGGAGUCGCUGUUCGGCGGGGUGGAGCAGCGGCGGCAGGUGGUGGCGGGGGCGCACCCGCGGACCGGCUUCUACUCCGAAUUCCUGCGGGCAGCGAAGGCCGUGUGGAUGCUGCACCUGCUGGCCUUCGCGCUCGACCCGGCGCCCGCCCACUUCGAGGCCAGCAAGGGCGCAGAUUUCCACCCGGACUACAUGGAGAGCGUGGUCCGCUUCGCCGGCGGCCGGGUGCCGCCCGGCUGGGUGGUGGCCUUCUCCGUCGCGCCCGGCUUCAAGCUCAGCAAUGGCUCAGUAGUCCGCGCCAGGGUUUACCUCGUCCCCAGGAGCCGCCGCGGCCAGUGAACGGAGUCCUUCCUCUACUUUCCCUUCCCUUCCCUUCCUUUCCUUUCCUUUCCUUUCCUUUCUUCUUCUCUCUGGUACUUUGGUACUACGUCCCCGUCCCCAGAACCAAAGACUCCUCUCUCUCUCUAUAUACAAAUGAAUGCACCGUCACCGUGUGUUUGUAGGAGGAAGCGUAUGUCUCGUGGGAUGGACUUUGAUUUGGAGCAGGUAAAAACAAAAUAAAAUAAAUAAAAGAACCGUGAUGUAAAACGGGGAAUUUAGGUGUAAGUUAAGCGCAACGAAAUUUGAACGUUAUUAAGAUUUAGAUUCCGCACUAUUGCGUAAUUUCUCCUUUUUAAGCAUGUCCGGUAGCAUCUUAGUUUCUUUUCGGAUAAGAGGGAAGCUUUUGUUUUCGA